GGAAACCCCGUACAUGCUUUCUGAGGGGACCCAAGAUGGCCGAACACUUACAGUGGGGCUAAUAAUUACUCUCGUCCAGACGGCGCGGUUUGAUGGUGCUCGGCGGUUUGCCCGGGACGUUUGUUGUAGAGGGGAGUUUGUCGAGCUUGUCUGUUCAGCCGCUCCGGCUUCACACGCUCGUCUGCGUUUGAGGAAAGGCUGGUCCUUCCACGGCCCUCAGCCAGAACAUGGCGGAACACUUGGCCAAAAUAUAAGCGUUAGCUAGCGGGGCUGCGAGCUGCUGCCGCUGCCGCCUACUUAUCAUGAGCGCACGGAGCUGUGCGGGUUCCUACAGCCGCGUUCACACUUCCACAGGCAGGGCGGGAUUAUAAUGGGGCAGUAGAGGCGUUUCUUUCUCCUAAAUCAACUGUGUUAUUAGCGCUAGUCGGAAGAAUGUUUGGGGAGAGCAGAUAGCCCGCUAGCUAACAGCUAGCUCAGCUCGUUAGCAGUGGUGGUGGGCUCGGUUGGAGGAAUUAGGGCAGCUGAAAACGAGCCCCCUCUUCUCCUGUGAGCUGUGCGCUCCACCCGCGCAGAUAUCCCGGGUUCAGAGCCGGAGUCGGAGAGGAGAAACGCGGCUGUGGUCGGCGACUCGGCGAUACCGAAGGGCACUGACUAGCUAACUAUGCUGCUGCGGACGGAGUCAACACACACACAGACCGCUAGCUUAGCCUAGCCGGCUAAGGCUAGACUGACUGGAGCAGCGCGCUAGCAUCGACACCAGACGCAGCCGAGCGCUAGAGAGCUAAAUGUCGCGUUUCUACAGAGAAGACUAAACAAGAUACGCUUAAAGUAAAAGGGAGGGAGCCGCCUCCAACACCCAGAUUUAACCAGGAUAGUCUCACACCAUCACCUGCUCCAGUGUUUACAAGCGACUCGCAAGAAUGACUGACACUCGGCGGCGGGUGAAGGUCUACACUCUGAAUGAAGACCGGCAGUGGGAUGACCGAGGGACGGGCCAUGUGUCCUCCGGAUACGUCGAGAGACUCAAAGGCAUGUCGCUGUUGGUGCGCGCCGAAAGUGACGGGUCUCUGCUGCUGGAGUCAAAAAUUAACCCCAACACCGCCUAUCAAAAACAGCAGGACACAUUAAUUGUGUGGUCUGAAGCAGAAAACUAUGAUCUGGCCCUCAGUUUUCAGGAGAAAGCUGGCUGCGAUGAGAUCUGGGAGAAGAUAUGUCAGGUUCAAGGCAAGGACCCCUCAGUGGACAUUACCCAGGAGCUCAUUGAUGAGUCAGAGGAGGAGCGCUUUGAGGACAUGUCCUCCCCUGGGCUGGAGCUGCCUCCUUGUGAGCUCUCUCGUCUGGAGGAGGUGGCCGAGCUGGUAGCCUCGUCGCUGCCCUCGCCCCAACGGCGUGAAAAACUGGCCUUGGCACUGGAAAACGAGGGCUACAUUCGCAAGCUACUUGAGCUGUUUCGUGUAUGUGAAGACCUGGAGAACCGUGAAGGCCUACACCACCUGUAUGACAUCAUCAAGGGCAUAUUCUUGCUCAACCGCACUGCACUCUUUGAAGUCAUGUUCUCAGAAGAGUGCAUCAUGGACGUGAUUGGCUGCUUGGAGUUCGACCCGGCCCUGCCUCAGCCACGGCGCCACCGUGAGUUCCUUACAACUACAGCCAGGUUUAAAGAAGUCAUCCCCAUCACAGACCCAGAGUUACGUCAGAAGAUUCACCAGACAUACCGGGUCCAGUACAUCCAGGACAUGGUGCUGCCCACGCCGUCCGUGUUUGAGGAGAACAUGCUUUCCACCCUGCACUCCUUCAUCUUCUUUAACAAGGUGGAGAUUGUUGGAAUGCUCCAGGAUGACGAGAAGUUUCUAACGGAGCUCUUUGCACAGCUAACUGAUGAAGCCACAGAUGACGACAAACGGCACGAAUUGGUUAAUUUCCUGAAGGAGUUUUGUGCGUUUUCUCAGACUUUACAACCACAAAACAGAGAUGCUUUUUUUAAAACGCUCUCAAAUAUGGGCAUUCUACCAGCACUGGAAGUUAUCCUGGGGAUGGACGAUGUGCAGGUGCGAGGAGCAGCCACAGAUAUUUUCUCCUAUUUGGUAGAGUACAAUCCUUCUAUGGUGCGUGAAUUUGUCAUGCAGGAGUCCCAACAAAAUGAUGAUGAUAUCCUGUUGAUAAAUCUGAUCAUCGAACACAUGAUCUGUGAUACAGAUCCUGAGCUUGGAGGAGCUGUGCAACUAAUGGGGCUGCUAAGGACCCUGGUAGACCCUGAAAACAUGCUGGCAACUGCUAAUAAGACUGAAAAGACAGAAUUUUUAAGUUUCUUUUAUAAACAUUGUACGCAUGUGCUAUCUGCUCCACUUCUGGCCAAUACCACUGAGGAAAAACCCAGCAAAGAUGAUUUCCAGACAUGCCAGCUGUUGGCUCUGAUUGUAGAGCUCCUCACCUUUUGUGUCGAACAUCACACGUAUCACAUAAAAAAUUACAUCAUCAACAAAGACAUCCUCCGUCGAGUGCUGGUGCUCACUGCCUCCCAGCAUGCUUUUUUAGCACUAUGUUCUUUGCGUUUCAUGAGAAAAAUUAUAGGACUGAAAGAUGAGUUCUACAACCGUUACAUAAUGAGGAACUUCCUCUUUGAGCCAGUGGUCAAAGCGUUCCUCAACAACGGCUCGCGUUACAAUCUCAUCAACUCAGCCAUCAUAGAGAUGUUUGAAUAUGUCCGUGUGGAAGAUGUGAAAUCCCUAACGGCUCAUAUCAUAGAGAACUACUGGAAGGCCCUGGAGGAUGUUGACUAUGUACAGACAUUUAAGGGUCUCAAGCUCCGUUAUGAGCAGCAGCGGGAAAGGCAGGACAACCCCAAACUUGACAGCAUGCGGUCGAUUCUGCGGAACCACCGGUUCAGACGGGAUGCACGGACGUUGGAGGACGAAGAAGAGAUGUGGUUUAACACAGAUGAAGAUGACCUGGAGGACGGUGAGGCAGUGGUGCCCCCUUCGGAUAAGAUGAAGAAUGAUGAGGAUCUGAUGGAUCCCAUUAGCAAGUUCAUGGAAAGAAAGAAAUUGAAAGAAUCAGAGGAGAAAGAAGUUUUGACGGGAAAGUCAAGCCUGUCCGGGCGACAGAGUCCUAGUUUUAAGCUAUCUUUCUCUAGUUCGCCUAAGUCUAGUUUGUCCUCGCCGCCCACAGCCUCUCUCCACCCUGGCUCACCAGGAUCUCCCGGAUCUCCUGGUACGGGGGCCAGAAACUCCCCGCCUAUGGCAGCUGUCACCACUAAGAGUGGUUUGGUGGGACUGGUGGACUAUCCGGACGACGAUGAGGAGGAUGAGGAUGAGGACGAUUCAGACAGUAAAGAGGGGAGUCCUCCACUGUCCAAGAAAUCAAAGCUGAGCUCUUAAAGCACUCCCUGCCCAAAUUGCCAUGGUAAAGCUCAGAAGGGAGCCUUAUCCACAGAUUUCUUUCAGCGCUCAGCCUCGAACUCAAAACUGAACCAAUAUGAAUGAAAAAAAAGAAUGAAUGGAUUAAAAAGAACGACUGCUGCCCCCCACCCCCACCUGCCGGAAUCCAAGGGGUGCAAUGUGAGGGAUGGAGAAAGGGAGAGCUAGAGAGAGGGAGGAAAAGUAACGACCUCCAACCGAAUAAAGGUGAAAAUCUUCAUGUGGAGAGUUAAAGUGCCAAUUGGAGACAGAAGCAGAGGGAAAGACUUGAAGUGGACAGAGAGAGAAGACAAGGAGAUAAAACUGGUUUUGGACAAAUGAUUUAAAAGGAUUUAAUAAACAAAAAUAAUAAUUUCAAAAAGCUAAAGUACUUGGGGGUGAAAGACCUCACAUACAUUACACACACGCACGCACACUGAGACUGGCGCCCACACACAGAGCGUCCCAGGCUCGGACCAGGACACACUGCCCCCCGCCCCUCUCAGGGAAGGACGUCACAUGACCCAAAUGGGCCAGCCAAUCCUGAACCACCACCCACCUUUGCUGACUCCAUCUCCAUUUCUUUCUCUCCUUCCUCUACCCCUUUUCUGCCCUCCUUUCCCCUUAUUUUUCUUUCUGCGUUCGGUCUUUUUCUUUUCUUUAUUUGUUUCUGGAGCCUGACAGCAGACUAGAACAGCAGAGCAGUCUGGGUUGUCAUUGUUAAUGAUGUCAUCGUUGUCCUCGUGGCUCAGCGGAAAUUCUUCCUCUUUCAAAGCCAGCGGUUUCCUCAUUUUUUUCCUCGUUCUGUUCUUCUCUUCCUCUCCCUUUUUUUAAAUAAAAAAGAGACCUGCCUUUAAAUGUUCAGGACGUUUUCAGUCGCACUUGAACAGGUUUUUAAAACCUCAUUAGGGGGAAGAGUUAGUUUUACCCUUUUUUUGCCCUUUGAAACUGCAGAUUUUUUGGAAAAAUUUGUAAGCCCGUCUUGAUUAAAGAUUGAGUGGAACUCUA